UCUGGGCUGCAUAUUCAGAAGACGCGUUAUUUUUUGUUACUCCUCUAACCUUACGGGUGCUUUUUAGCAUUUGCUUAGCUAUCCUUUUCUGGAAAACAUCUGAAUCCUUUUUUUUAUAACCAAACCCAGCUGCCGCGCAAGUCUGUGUGUGUGUGUGCGUGUGUGUGCGUGUGUAUUCGUUUGCAUCAGGAAGAGGGAGAGAGUGUGAGAGUGUCUGUUCACUUUACUCUCCAGAAAGGAAAGAGAGAAAAAAGUCUAGACGUCUUUUUCGUCUCCAAACUUUUUUUUUUUUGUAGGAUUGAACGCCGAGACGUGCGUUUCAUUCUGCGAGAUGACAUCCAUGGAUUCAUAUUAUAGCCCAUCUGCACCGCAAGGUAGGGAUCACCAAGCGAAUCCGUUCACGACAUUCCAGGCGAGUGACACCAAAUACAGCCCCGCUUUCUUGACCAACAAAGGUCAGACGUACGGGGAAAAAUCUCGGAGCACGUUCCAGCAAGAAUGCCAGUCAUUGGAUGCCACUGCUGAGGAAGGCACCUUUAACAAAUACCACCUCUUCAUGCAAAGGUCCUCCUGCAAAACUCCCCCAGACAGCAGCAAACUCCAACAGGGAAGUGGACACAGCGGAGGGCUCAUCGCUUGUUAUGGUAAAGACAGCACAGGGCUGACAGAUUCUGAAUUGACCCCAAACAGUGAUCCCACAGGAAUGGAUGGCAGCUACCUCAGCGUAAAGGAGUCAGGAGUGAAGAGCCCCCAGGAGCUGCCAAAUUCAGAACUGGCCUCUCCACUGGAUAAGGGUGAAGGAGAGAGCAACAAGGGCAAGAAACGGCGCAACCGUACCACCUUCACAAGCUAUCAGCUAGAGGAGCUGGAGAAAGUUUUCCAGAAAACACACUACCCUGAUGUGUAUGCCCGAGAACAACUCGCACUGAGGACUGACCUGACAGAAGCUCGAGUCCAGGUGUGGUUCCAAAAUCGCAGAGCCAAGUGGCGGAAGAGGGAACGCUUUGGACAAAUGCAGCAGGUCCGAACACAUUUUUCCACCGCCUAUGAACUGCCCCUUCUCACUCGACCUGAGAGCUACGCUCAGAUUCAGAACCCUUCCUGGAUAGGCAGCAGCAGUGCAGCAUCCCCAGUGCCAGGCUGUGUCGUACCUUGUGACUCUGUCACUUCUUGCAUGCCGCCGCAUCCACACGCUGCAAGUGGAAUGUCUGACUUUUUGGGAGUGCAGAGUCCUGGAGGUCACAUGGGACAGACACACAUGGGCAGCUUGUUUGGGAAUCCAGGCAUGAGCACUGGUAUUAAUGGGUAUGAAUUAAACAUGGACCCUGACCGAAAGUCCUCAAGCAUUGCAACGCUGCGAAUGAAAGCUAAGGAACACAGCGCAGCCAUCUCUUGGGCUACAUGACUCCCCACAACAUCAGGAUAUUAGCUCCCUUGACAAAUAAACAGAGAAGAGAACAUGAGCAAAUGUGAACAUCAGUUAACCACCAAGGCAUGAUACAAAGCAUGACCUGGGGACAAGGUGUGUGUGGACUGAGAAAUAAUAAAGAAACUAUGUGAAAUUCAUUUAAAUUUGAGGUCAAGAGAGACAAUCAGAAACGGGGGAAAUUCAGAGAUGCUCAUAAAAUUGAGAACAUCUGGCUUUAAAACAAGAAAGACAAGAAAACAAACCUGACAUUUAAAUGCAUACAAAAUAAUUUUAAAAAUAAAUGAAGAAACAAAUAGAAACACAAAAUAUAAACCCUGCACUUAUCUGCUGAACACUAGAGUCCAAUUUGUAAACAUGCAAAUUUAUCUCAUCUAUUACCAAUCUGGAUUUAUUUUCAUUCGCAGUAUAAAUCAAAACCUGUUGAAUUCUUGUUCUGUCACAUAUUCCUUUUCCAAAUAUGCCAUCUCUGCCAAGACAGUUUCAAGGGAUGUAGUUUCUGACAGUGAAGAAUUUUCCCAGGUUUAUUUUUUUAAAAACCAUAUUGAAUUGAACCAUAAACGAAUACAAUUGAUGAAGCAGGACAAUGGUACAUCUUCAUUGCAUCUUAAGGAGCAUCUCAUCACCCUCCCUAGGGACAUUCUGAAAAAGUGACAACAUGUCAAUGCUUUUCAAUUACUUGCAUUUCAACACAAGUAAAGCUAAUCCUUGCUAUUAAUGUAGGGAUUGGGUCUUAUCGACCAGAUAAGAUUGGGUCUUAUCGACCAGAGCAACAGACUAAUUUUCAGAGCCUGGAGUAGCUUUCCAAGUGCAGAAUCAUGAGUCUUCACAUUCUCCCUUUGGCCUUUAAGAGGUUACUGAGAAGGUGAAUUGACUAGUGUUCCGGUGUUCUGGGAAAGGACAAUCCACACAGCUGUGCGCAGGGUAAAUGCAAAACAAACAUGCCUUGCACAUGCUUCCCUUCAGCUGUCAUGGCUCCUCUUUCAAAGUCCCAUGCUGAAAAGGGUCUGGCCCUCUACCAUAGCCAAACCAUUGGACCUCAGUGACUCAGAGUCCAUACACACCCGUGCUCUCAGGCAGUCUUUUUAAUUAACACCAAGACAUCUGUGGACAGGGAUUCUGUGACAGAACUGAUCAGCCUGUGCUUCGUGUUAGCCUAUCUUUAACUAUGAAGCCAGGAGGGGAGUUGAUAAAGUCUAGGUUAACACAACCAUAGUUCGAGUUA